ACCUACAAUCUUCCAUUUUUGUUCGGUUCUAUCACUGAUGAGAUGUGGAAGCGAACACUAGAAGUUAUUGAAGUUAUCGAGGUUAUUGGGAACCUUGUCGACCUGGAAUAUGCGGACGACAUUGUUCUUACCUAUGAAGAAAUGCACAAAGCGAAAGCAAUGCUAGAAAUUCCGUCCGAGGCCGCACAGUCCUUCGCCAUGUGCUUCACGCUCACAGAGUUCAAAGUCAUGUUGCAGGGCGUGCAGAAUUUGAACAUACCUCUGAUAAUUCAAGGGGUGAUAUUGGAGGUUUUGGAGCAUUGUAUGUGUCCUGAAAGUCGCAUUAGCUCCGGCGAUAGUGUGACGGAUGAAGCCAACGCACGAAUCCCAAAGACCAGAAUUAUUUUACUCAGUUUUUGUCACGGAAUGUCCGCAACGACACACGUGCCGUUGCCUGCAGACACCGAAUCCCCGAAUGAUGUAACUUCUUUUCACAUGUCCACCUCCGGUAUCACUCAGUGUUCCACCGUGCCCAACAUGAAUUCUGCAGCAGAGUCAGCAGCAGAACUCACAGCCUGGCACAUUUCUGGUGAAUACGCCGGACCCAAAGAUUCUGUCUUGCCUCGAGAGUUUCGUCAACGCUUGCAUAAGUACUUCACUCGGAUUGAGCAUGAGUUCGAACGUGAAUACCGACGACUUUACGGAGAAAAUCUUGCCCUACAAGAACGUCUGGAGAAAUUUGAAGACGGUGACCAUUCUGAAUCGACUCCUUUCGCGAAGAAAUUGGGUGCGAGCAUGCUUUCACAGCGGAUCAAGCAGCAAUAUAAACAGUCAACUUCGCGCUUAGUCUCAAGUUUGCGUCAAUCCACUGGACAUUCCAACGUCGGUGGACCUCCUGGAAGCAGUCUUCUUCCCUCCGGUUCCGCACCAGGGCCUUUGACAUCUGCGGGGAUUCCCCAACCGAGUGUCGGUGCUGCUACUUCUACCUCCUCGACUACCUGCGCCCUUCCAAUGACAGGCUCCGGCUCACAAGCGUCCGCCGUUGUCACAGGUUCGUUUGCCGGUCAUGGUGGAACUUGGCAGCUUCUGAAUCGAAUAAAUGCACAUCGUGAUGGUAUUUGGGAAGUCACUCCUUAUCGCAAAUUUGUUGCUACCGCCUCAGCAGACACUACCGUCCGUCUUUGGACAAAUGAUAUACAAAUGAGUUGUCUACUUGUCUAUCUCGGACACAAUGGUUCGAUCAAUUCUGUGCGAUUCCGAAACCGGGAUCACUUGCUUUUAACUUCAAGCGGCGAAGGAAUAGCUCAUUUGAUUAGACUCCCGUAUGAUCACCUCGUAAAAGCUGCGGCUGCAAUGGCAUCUGGAUCAUCCACUGGUGUUGCUACUGCCUUGGAGGCCGCCACAUCCACCUUGGUAACCGAGGUUGCUGGUUCAACUGGAAUGCCUAUGGGUCCAGGAGCAGGUUUGUGUGCACAUCCUGGAUCCCACCAUGCGACGGACUCGGAUGACGGAAUAUUCAGCGCAUCAGCCCCCCAUGAGGUAUUCGAAGAUGGUUCUCCGAUUCGCUCCGCUGUGGCACCCAUUCCCGUUGCUCCUAUCUACGUCCGACAUCCUCAUGCCGUGUUCCAGUCGGCCAACUUGUGCUCACCCGGUGGUCAAACGGCUGCCGGUGGGGGUCCGGCAAUCGACUCCUCGCCGUUAGCUGCAGCUGAGUUUCUGACCGGACGUGAUCAGAUAGUUACAGCCGGUUGGGAUCGUCUGGGUCGCAUCUAUGAUUUAGCAACUGGUCAGGAAGUCAGCUCUCUUACUGGACAUGAUCACCAACUGACAGAUGUGCGUUGCGCUCUCGGGGGUGCGCCAUUAGUUGUGACCUCUUCCAAAGAUUGCACUUUCCGAUUAUGGGAUUUCCGUCAGCCUGGAAUGCGAGUGCAUGUCCAACAGGCACACACACUAUAUUAUUUUUCGAGCAUCCUCCUUUUGUGCAGCACGCUUUCGACCACACAGUUUUUGCCUGGCGGAGCGAACGAGCGUCUAAUCAGUGCAGGGGGAGACCGACUGUGUCGCAUAUGGGAUCUACGUCAAAGUCGAGGCCCUCUAGUGACCAUCCGAACAGAUUCUGGUAUCAACCGCCUUGCCAUUUCUGGUAAUGCCCUGAAUGCGAGUAUUAUUUCCGGGGAUUCUGGAUCGGAGGCGUCCUCGGCUACUGUAACUUCAGUUCCAACUGCAGUUCCUACUCCAAACGAGCCAACAGCUUCCAUGCCUUGUACGUUUACGGGAACAACACUUGCCACUGCUGCGAACAAUCAGUCAUCUGCUUUGUUCCCUGCGGUGACUCAUGGAUCUGGAUCGGCACCGCCACCAGCAAACUGCUCCAUCUGGGCAACAGGGUACCGGCGUAUCCUCGCCCUUCCUUUGGACAACCGAAUGAUCAAGUUUUUCGACUUGAACGGCAAUCGUAUUGGCCGGUUGACCCGAUCCUCUCGG